GAUCUCGAACAGUUAAAAGAAGUGUUGAUUCAUUCCAGUGAAGUAAAUGUAACGGUGAAACUUUAGUGUUCCUAUGAAUUUCACUGUUACAAAUAUGUAACCAAUGUCAAGAACUACUCUAGAUGUUCCUCGGGAUUCGGCUUACACCUUCGGGACAACAUUGCUACAGUUAUUAACCCAGACAUUAUGAGAGAGAGAGAGGAUCAAACUCAUAAAUAACUAUUAUAAUGCUUCAUAUGGGAAAAAAGAGGACUCAAGAUAGCUAAAAAGAGUGAGAAUGCUGAGAAAAGAUCCAAAAACACUACUAAGACCCAUUACUACACAGCCUGUAAGAGUUUUUGGAAAUCCUCUUAAACCCGACAUCUCUAACAUAAUUUGAACCAUGCCCAUGUGAGAUUUUCGUGAUCUUGCUCUUCUUGAUCUUGUUAGUUGAAGUAUUUGGGUAUUUCUUUGAUGCCAUGUUCUGGUAUUCUUGAGAGAAAGAAAGAAGCAUAACAGGAAAACUAGCUAGCUUGCUACUCAAUUUUCUGAUCUCCCAUAAUGUGGGAAUCGGAGAGUGAGUCGGGUAGAGGGAGAGAUUACGGGAACGAAGUGGUUAGUACGAGCAAACACGGUGUCAAGACGGAUGGAUUUGAAAGAAGGGAUCAUUCUUGUUAGGUAUGUCGCCACGGAUGUACCAAGUGACCUACUUGUUCAAGUUGGAGAUAUUGGCUUUCAUCUGCACAAGUAUCCCCUGCUCUCGCGGAGCGGAAAGAUGAAUAGAAUCAUAUAUGAUUCACAUGAAGCAAACAUAAGCAGAGUUGAGUUCGACGAUCUUCCGGGAGGCUCAGAUGCAUUUGAACUUGCUGCAAAAUUCUGUUAUGGUAUAGCGGUUGAUCUAACCGCUGGAAACAUCUCUGGUUUGAGAUGUACAGCAGAGUAUCUUGAGAUGACUGAGGAUCUGGAAGAAGGAAACCUUAUAUUCAAAACAGAAGCUUUUCUUAGCUAUGUUGUGUUAUCAUCUUGGAGAGACUCAAUUUUAGUAUUGAAAAGCUGUGAACAUCUUUCUCCAUGGGCAGAAAAUCUCCAGAUUGUCCGAAGGUGCAGUGAAUCCAUUGCUUGGAAAGCUUGCACCAAUCCUAGAAGUAUUAGAUGGGCUUAUAGUGGGAAACCUACGAGCAUUUCCAGUCCCAAAUGGAAUGAAAUGAGCGAAUCGAGUCCUGGUAGAAAUCAGCAAGCACCGCCGGAUUGGUGGUUUGAGGAUGUAUCGAUCCUCAGGAUCGAUCAUUUUGUGAGGGUUGUCACUGCAAUUAAAGUGAAGGGUAUGAGGUUUGAAUAUAUUGGAGCUGCAAUGAUGCAGUAUGGCUCGAAAUGGUUACCCGGUAUAACUAAAGAAGGAUCAGGAGAUGAAGGCAAUAACAGUAGAGACAGUAAAAGCAGCUGCAGUAGUAGUAGCUGGAAUGGUGGGUUACACAUGAUUGUCGCAGGAAAUAAGGAAAACCCGCCAAAUCUACAGAUCAAAGAGCAAAGAAUGAUCGUUGAGAGCCUUAUUAGUAUCAUUCCUCCACAGAAGGAUAGUGUUUCAUGCAGCUUCCUUCUGCGGCUUUUGAGGAUGGCAAACAUGCUAAAGGUGGCUCCUGCAUUGGUUACUGAGCUAGAGAAACGAGUCGGAAUGCAAUUCGAACAGGCUACUUUGGUUGAUCUUCUAAUUCCUUCUUACAAUAAGACUGAGACUUUGUAUGAUGUUGAUCUUAUUCAAAGGCUUUUGGAGCAUUUUCUGGUUCAAGAACAAACAGAACCUUCAAGUCCCAACAGGCAAACAUUGUCUGAUAAACUCAAUUAUGAAGGAAGGGGCAAUGCAAAGAUGAGAGUCGCAAAGCUCGUGGAUAGUUAUCUCACAGAAGUGUCGAGAGACAGAAAUCUCACCUUGACGAAGUUCCAGGUCUUGGCAGAGGCGUUACCAGAAUCCGCAAGAACUUGUGAUGACGGUCUUUACCGCGCAGUAGACUCAUAUUUGAAGGCACAUCCAACACUCUCUGAGCAUGAACGGAAGCGAAUUUGCCGUGUGAUGGACUGCCAAAAGCUCUCAAUUGACGCCUGCAUGCAUGCUGCACAAAAUGAGCGUCUCCCACUGAGAGUAGUGGUACAAGUUCUUUUCUCUGAACAAGUUAAGAUAAGCAAUGCUAUAGCCAACAACACACUAAAGGAGUCGGGUGAAUCUCACUACCAGCCUCUAGUCACAAGCCGCAAAGCUUUGAUCGAAGCCACCCCACAAUCAUUUCAAGAGGGAUGGUCAACAGCAAAAAAGGACAUCAAUACAUUGAAGUUUGAGUUAGAGAGUAUGAAAACGAAAUACCUGGAACUCCAAAUUGACAUGGAGAAUUUGCAAAGGCAGUUUGAUAAGUUGUCAAAGCAGAAGCACUCAUCUGCCUGGACAAGUGGCUGGAAGAAGCUGGGCAAAUUGACCAAGAUGACACCUUUAGAAUCAUCAGACUUUGGGUCUCAGAUCCCGACUGUUCCUGCCGAGCAAACAAGAAAAGGCCCCAGAAGAUGGAGGAACUCUAUCUCCUAAAAAGUGAGGACUGGAACACAGUCUCUGGGCCAGGAGAAAGAGAAACAAAAUUAUCUUCAUUAUCAAACUAAUUUGUUUACAUUUGCUGUAUGUAAUUCAGUUUCAUUUGUCUUGUUGUUUCUCCUUCAAAGGAAAAUCUUGGUUCCCCAAUUCUAUUUUGAGUUAAUUCCUGUGUUUGCCUCAGGUCUCUCGUUA